CACCUCCCCUCCGGGCCAAGAGCAGCCUCGCACGGCGGGAAACGGCCGGAGGGGCUAAGGGGGAGGCAGUUCCUGCCGACACCGACUCACUUCAACUCGCCGCCACAGCCCCGCGCUGCCGCCGUCGGAGCCUGAGUGGCGUGCCGUUAGGGCGGGGCCGGAGGCGGCCGCGCACGCCGCAGGUCCGCCCCCCUUCCCUCCGCGACACACCGAGGAGACGCGGAUAGGACGGGUGGGAGCGUAGCGGGCAGCGGAGGCGGUAGGAAAUUUCUUGUGUGCUGCUAACUUACAGGAUACAGUUCUCAAGUCUGGAAUAAUUUUUUGAGCAAGAAGACUUUAAUUACCUCAGUGCUCCAAGAUACAAAGUAUUCAGAGUAACCCGGAAGAUCUUUGAAGUCACUAAAAGUCUGAUAAUUGAGAGCCAUAAUGGGGGACACAGGAGAUGGACCACAUUUGGGGGAAGAUCGCACAGAUGCAAAAUCUAUUCCUGGUUCCAAAGGAAAGAACCUGCCUGCUAGCAAGUCUAUGGACACUGGAAUUCUGCCAGACUACAGUUACAGAAUGGAUUAUCCAGAGAUGGGGGAAUGUGUCAUAAUCAACAAUAAGAAUUUCCACAGGCACACCGGGAUGUUACCCCGUUCGGGUACAGAUGCAGAUGCCGCAAGUGUCAGAGAAGUUUUUAUGAAGUUGGGAUAUAAAAUAAAGAUCAACAAUGACCUUUCAUGCGAGGGCAUCUUUAAACUGUUGAAAAAUGUUUCUGAGGAAGAUCACAGCAAGAGGAGCAGUUUUGUUUGCGUGCUACUAAGCCAUGGUGAUGAAGGAUUAAUCUAUGGCACAGAUGGCCCUCUUGAACUCAAAGCGCUAACGAGCCUUUUCAGAGGGGACAAGUGCAGAAGUUUAGCAGGAAAACCCAAGCUCUUUUUCAUUCAGGCUUGUAGAGGGACAGAAUUAGAUUCUGGUAUUGAGGCAGACAGUGGAUCAGAAGAAACAAUGUGUCAGAAAAUACCUGUAGAAGCAGACUUUUUGUAUGCAUAUUCUACAGCUCCAGGUUAUUACUCCUGGAGGAAUUCAGCUGAAGGCUCCUGGUUUAUUCAGUCACUGUGUAAAAUGCUGAAGGAACACGCAAGGAAACUUGAACUCAUGCAGAUUUUAACACGUGUGAAUCGCAGAGUGGCUGAGUACGAGUCCUGCUCCACUCGGCAGGAUUUUAACGCAAAGAAACAGAUUCCCUGCAUUGUCUCUAUGCUCACCAAAGAAUUUUACUUCCCUUGCUAAAAGAAUUUCACCCUGUAAUUUUUCAGUUCAUGUUUUUAUCUGUAAUUUAUAUGCAAUGUUAGUAUGGAAUACCACUUCUAAAUCCGAGUUACUGUUCACUGCUGUGUGUGGAACAAUGAACUGUCUCAAAGUUGGAUGUGUGCAUUAUUAGAAGUAAAACAUGGUAUGGUUAUGAUAGAAAUGCAAACUUGAGUAGCUGAAACACAAGCAAAUUUGAGAGUAGUGCUCUGUAUCUUGCAAAAUUAGGAAGAGGAGACUGAAAAUCAGGUCACUUAUAUCUAUUUGGUGCUAUAUUUCACUUUGCUGAAGGGGCAGAGAAAUGAAACAGUUCUUGUAAAUAGUUUAGUUUCAUAUCCUUACCAAUAGCAAGAAGAUUCAGAAUGUGAUAUGUUUACCAAUGGUGGCAAUGUGAUGGUAAUGCCAUUGUACAUUUCUUCUUAGCUCAAGUCCUUAAAAUUUAGUUUGAUGGGGGGCUGAGGAAAAAAAAAUUAAUAAACUAACCUAAACUGUUUUAAUGUCUUAGGGCACAAUCUGGAAAAUGGGCAUUUCAUUUUUUACAUAGAAUUAGGAAGCAAUUAGGAAGCAUAGUUAGAAUACAGUCAAUUUUUCCCUGAUCAUUUUCUAACUUUUUGUAUGGAGUAUUACAUAAAGCAAUUGUAUCAACACGGUAGCUAUUUCAAAAUAAAUGUUGUAUUCUGACCUUGAAGCUGAGUGAUUAAGGGAGCAGCCUUCCAAAAUUCUUUUUUCUGCAGUUCCCUAAGGGGAGUAGUUGUUGGGGAAUAUUUUGGGGGGAUAAGAGUCAGUGCAAAAGAAAGUCUCCAUUCUGAAGAGUAUGCUUUCCUCUUUCUGGCCAUAAUUAAAGGUCAAUCUGUUCUGUGCCACGUUUAAUCUGUGUGAAAAACUAUAUUUGUGAUACUGGAGAAACUUCAUUCCUUAACUGUGGUUGUGGCAUUCUUUUCAAGGUCAGAAGAAGACAGAAUGAUAAAUGACUACAAGGUGCUGGGAAAAAAGACUUCAAAUUGUGUAGUGUAACCAAUGUUAACAAACUGAUGUCCACUUCCACAGACAUGUUUGGUUGGUUUUUUAACUUAAAUACUGUUUUGUAAGUUUUA